CAGUGGAUACACUUUUCCUUCUGAGCCGAAAAGAGACGAAUUUAUUCCAUCUCCUGAGCCUUUUGUUUCUGAAGAGCCAAACGACUCUGCUGCAACGGUUGAAGCCGUUGUAUUACCGAGCCCCUUCCUAUUGAAGAUGCAAUCUCGUAGAGGUUGGCAAACCGGAAGGUACUGAGACUGCUGGCAAUUCUGAAGAUAUGGGACUCAUUCAGCCCUACGCCAGCUUGUAUAAGUCCCAGGCGACUACUAUUCUUCUUGGGCGUAGUGAGAAGCAGUACACUGUGCCCUUGGGUAUUGCUAAUCGUGUCCCAUCUCUCAAACUGCGUUUGGCUGGGUUGGAAAGCAAAACAGUGGAUCUUCCAGGUGUGGACAGUGAUAUUGGGCAUACAUUCAUACAUUACCUUUAUACAGGCGACUACCAAACCCUGAAGGUGUUUUCAGAACCCAAUUUGCCAACAGGGGAGGUGGAGUAUAUAAGGAGUGUUCUCGCGUACAGGGCCGCUGUGAGUUACGGUCUUGACGGGCUAGCUGACCAUGAGAAGAAAUAUAUCCAACUAUUUGAUGACGACGUCUCGAUCUCUCAUAUAAUAGUGCUUGCACGAGAGACUUUUCCAAGGAUAACUCACGAUACCUGGUUUGCUGCGUAUUUCACCUCUAAGAUUUUGGCAAGCUUUGAGGCAGAGGAAGAAAUGUUCCAGCGAGAGGAAUUCUUUGAAGGUUUUGGCGAAGCCCUUGAUUUCGAUAAAUUUCUCCGAAAAGUGAUAGAAAACGCCUAUUAUGAGCGGAUGUCUUCUAUACAAGCUAUGGCCGGUUUGGAGACGUCUAGGAAGAGAUCAACCAUGUUGAAUGACGGAGGGAUCCCGGCGAGCAAUGAUACUGCACCGGAUCAGAGCUUUAGUCAGGAUUCAUUCAACGUUGAGAACCCGUCAACAAGUGAUAGUAUAUGGGUAGAGUGCAAGGAUGAUGGAAAUAGUACUCAGGUAUCGGCGAUGACAACAUAUUCGAGUGCUGCUGAAUCACCUGAGGGAAGACAAGGUGGACGAACAUCCUCUCAAGAGCUGCAACACUCGUCGAAGCUGGACCUUGGCAGCAGCGUUUGUCCGCUAUGGCUACAACACUCCAUGGACGAGAAUUUAUGGAUGGGUUGCCCAAAGUGCAAGAGUGACAUGGUCUCUAUGUUUGCUAAGCUGCUGCUCAAUAACGCUGGGUGAUACUCUAAAUCGACGUUCAUUAUCUUCUCGUUGGUCAAUCUAUGAAAGAUCGAUUAGACCCAAGUUGUCUAGGUAAUACCUUGCUAAUGGGGUGUUGGCCCAUUUUAUUGCCAAUCAUCAACGUCGUGCUUAGACUGCCUCCAAACAAAAUCCUCCAGUGAAGGCACUUUCAUCAACAGUUCACCGUGCUAUGAGCCAGACAGCCAAAAGAGUACCAUUUGAGGGUCGCACAAUCAGGUCACCCAAGGGUUCCACUCAAGUUAUAUA